AAUGUGUAUAAAUUCAUGUGUUCGAAGCAGGCUCGAUUCACAGCGAAAAUUAUGACUGUGGCAUUUAAAAAACUGCAUCGAGCGCGUGAAUUUGUAUGUCACGAGAGUCCAUAAUUGCGAAAAGACCAGUUUUCGUUCUUUUCUGCGCAUCGUCGCUCUGAUUGGCGAUACCCCCAGAGGAAGUGGAAAGCGAUUGGCGGAGAGCUCGCUGCGUUCCCCCAACCCUCAUCCAACCUGCGCGUCGUUAGUUAUGGACUCUUGUGGCAUCAAAUAUAAAUAUACCAGUGUAUCCUAACUCGUCUCGUUGGACGGACUAUAAUUAGAAUCAGGAUGUUCAAGUUUGGCUUCUCAAAAGACAGCGAAACUGAAGAAAAAAAUGUUGAUACUAAAAAAUUGUCAAUUAAUUGGCUACCUGCCUCGAUGAUAGAGGUAUCCAAAUCAGAAAUCGAAACCAAUUAUGAUCCAAACGAUUACACUGAAAAUCUCGUAUUUCCGGGCUCUAAAUUAAGGUUAAUUCGUUCUGAGAAAGCUUUACAAAAUUUGACCGAGGAAAAUUGUAGAAAUAUUAUAGAUGCAGAGUUAGAGCAUUCUGAUCUUAUUCCAGCUCGAUACGAAGGUGGUUUAAAAGUUUGGGAAUGCAGUUACGAUCUGGGUCGUUAUAUAUUCGAAAAUAACAUCGAAUUUCAAGAUAAGGUUGUAUUGGAUUUGGGAUGCGGUACCGGUAUCAUUGGUCUUAUUGCUCUUUUGAAAGAUUCCACCGUUCAUUUUCAAGAUUACAAUGUAGAAGUGAUCAGAACCGUAACGAUUCCAAACGUUUUGUUGAAUUUUGAAAAUCGGGAAAGUAUAUUGAAAAAAUGUAAGUUUUUUAGCGGUGAUUGGGAAUCGUUUACGAAAUUAGAGUCUGAGAAAUACGAUCUGAUUUUCACCAGUGAGACAAUUUAUAAUCCUGACAAUCAUAGAAAAUUGUAUGAGGUUUUCAAACAGAGACUUAAACAAAAUGGCGUGGGGUAUAUCGGCGGUAAAAGUUAUUAUUUUGGUGUUGGAGGAGGAAUGAGGCAAUUUCAAUAUCUUGUAGAGGAGGAUGGUGUUUUUAACAUUGAUAUAGUAUGGAAAAGUCAAGAGGGAUUGCAAAGGGAAAUCUUGAAGAUAGCAAGGAAACCACAAUUGUAGACUCACCCAACACCUAAUAAGAAUGUGAUGAAGCAUUACUUAUGGGUACUUACUCUGCUACGUCUCGGAUAUCCUUUUGGAAAGUCACAGAAUCAAUCACAUAGACAAGUCCCUUUGCAGAUAACUUGAAUUGAUCGAAAUAUUUGUAGCGCAAUCUCUCGUGACCCGGUAUGUCAACGAUUUUCAAGGAAUGCUGAAUACAUGAACAAAUGUGUUUAAGUAUGUAAUGAUGUAUGUGUUUUAAUAAAUUUGGAACACAGCAGACGUGCAUAUAUCAGUGUUUUACCAGCAUCACUGAGGCCAGUUAAGAGUAUAUUGUUUCCUAUAGACCUUCUCCUUCUCCAUAUGGCAAACAAAACUGAACAAAGAAAUAAAAUAGCAGAUUAUAAACAAUAUAGUAAUGCCUACAUCUGAACCAUUAGUACCAAGAAAAUGAUUCCACAGACUUAAAUGUAUGAAUAUUAAAUUUGCAGUCUAAA